UUCGAAUACUUUGUUCAUAGAUAGAUCCUACAGAUUUCUUUCCCUCAAACACAGAGCUUCCACAUAGGUGAAUAUGGAAGUUCUAGUUAGCUCGAGGAUGAAGACGAUCCUCCUUAUAAUAAACUGUAUUAUACUCUCCAUCGGAAACUCUGGUGGCCCCUUAAUCAUGCGCCUCUACUUCAUCCACGGAGGAGACAGAGUAUGGCUGUCAAGCUGGCUAGAAACCGGAGGGUGGCCUUUCAUUCUCAUCCCCCUCCUCGUCGCCUACUUCCACCGCCGCGCCACUAAAAGCUCCGCCGCCACUGCCAAGCUUUUCUUCAUGAAACCACGCCUCUUCAUCGCCUCCGCCGUCGUUGGCCUCCUCACCGGCUUCGAUGACUACUUAUAUGCCUACGGCGUCGCACGCCUACCCAUUUCAACCUCUGCCCUUAUCAUCGCCACCCAACUGGCUUUCACCGCUGGCUUCGCUUUCCUUCUUGUUAAGCAGAAGUUCACUUCUUACUCCAUAAACGCUAUCUUUUUGUUAUCCGUCGGAGCUGCGGUUUUGGCUCUUCACACUAGCGGUGAUCGGCCGAAGGGUGAGUCGAACAGAGAGUAUGUUUUAGGGUUUGUCAUGACGGUGGCUGCGGCGGCGCUGUACGGUUUUAUUCUGCCUUUGGUUGAGUUGACAUAUAUGAAAGCAAAGCAGGCCAUCACCUAUACGGUGGUGUUGGAGGUUCAGAUGGUGAUGUGUUUUUUCGCCACUCUUGUCUGCACUGUGGGGAUGCUUCUUAACAAUGACUUCAAGGCAAUUUCAAGGGAGGCAAGAGAGUUUGGAUUAGGGGAAACGAAGUACUAUGUGGUGCUAGUGUGCAGUGGCAUCAUUUGGCAAUUUUUCUUCUUAGGAGCAAUAGGAGUCAUCUUCUGUGCAUCGUCGUUGCUCUCCGGCAUCAUCAUCGCCGUCCUACUUCCGGCGACGGAGGUAUUAGCUGUUAUAUUUUACCAAGAGAAGUUCCAAGCAGAAAAGGGUGUUGCUCUUGUCCUCUCUCUCUGGGGUUUUGUUUCCUACUUCUAUGGUGAGUUCAAAUACAUGAAGAAAAAGAAUAGUGAAGCUACAGAAACAGAGAUGACUGAUGCUGUUGCACAAUGAUCAAGUGUUUGAAAGAACAAGGAUCGUCGUGUAAAAUAAUUUGGUAGCCAUAUUUUUAUAAUGCACCAUUUGGUGCAAAUGGAAAAAUAAAAUAAUAGAAAGUUAGAAGGAUGAAAAGUUUGA